CCUGUGCCCACAUAGUUACAAACAGAAGAAGAGGAAGCCGAAGUCAUGUUUGGACACUACCACGGACGUAACACAGCACUGUGGUCUUUAAGUCUACGUUUAUCUCUCAUGUUCACCUGUGUACUAAUUCGUAUACCGUGUGACAAACUACACUUUAUUCAUUCUUCGUGUCAGGAUAAACUCGACUCGUCUCCGUGAACUUUGAAGCUUCCGAGGCUAGCUUUACCUAGCCUGCUAGUUAGCUUAGCUUGUUAGCUCCCGCGUCUCUUUGUCAGCAGCUUUCAACACGUCGCCAAGCAGAGGCCAAAUCAAGGUGUAAAGUGUUGGGAGUGUGCCAAAAUGUGCGAAAGAAAGAUAGCAGAGUACGAUGAGGAACUUUUUCGAACAAAAGAGGCGAAGGAGCGACAACGUCAACUGCUGGACGCUGUCUUCAAGAAGCCUCAAGUUGUGUUGCACAGAACAGAUGUCCAGCAGCUGAUUGUAGAUCAGAGAGAUAGUCUACCGAGGUCUUGGGGGGAGAACUCUACUUUAAAGCAAGAGGAACCCCAUCCCCAUCCUGUCAAAGAGGAAGAUCCACAACCGCCCCACUUUAAAGAAGAAGAGGAGGUAGAGUGUAUUCUAGGGCAGGAUGAGGCAGAUCUCACCAAGUUUCCACUAACUGUUGUCUCUGUGAAGACUGAAGACCAUGAAAACAAACCACCUGAGUCCUCACAGCUUCAUCACAGUCCAAAUGUCCAGCAGCUGAUUGGUCAUCAAAAAGAACCUCUCUCUCUGUUGCUGGAAGUGCGCUCCCCUUUGAAGCAGGAGGAUCCACAACCCCCCAACAUUAAAGAAGAAGAGGAGAAUGUCUGGAUCACUCAGGAGGGAGAGUGUAUUCUAGGGCAGGGGGAGGCUGAUCUCACCAAGUUUCCAUUGACUGUUGUCUCUGUGAAGAUUGAAGACCAUGAAGACAAACCACCCGAGUCCUCACAGCUUCAUCACAGUCUAAGUAAGGAGAAGAGGGAGGUGGAGCCUCCAAGCAGCAGCUCACCACAACAUAUGACAUCAGAAGAAGAUGGAGACCACUGUGGAGGAUCACAAGCAGACAACCUCUUAGCUCCACUAUCAGAUAGUGACGACUCAUUGUCACAUGUUAAUGUAAAUAUGGAAUCACACAUGAAAACACAGACAGGGGAAAAAACUUACAGUUGUUCAGUUUGCGGUAAAAUAUCAUCUCACAAACAUAAUAUGCAAAUACACAUGAGAACUCAUACAGGUGAAAAACCUUUCAUUUGUUCAGUUUGUGGCAAAAGAUUUUCCCAAAGAGGUAAUAUUCAAAUACACAUGAAAAGGCAUACAGGAGAAAAACCUUUCAGUUGUUCAGUUUGUUCAAAAGGCUUUGUUAAAAACGCUGAUUUGACUCAACACAUGCGAACACACACGGGAGAAAAACCUUUCAGUUGUUCAGUUUGCUCAAAAGGAUUUGUUAAAAACGCUGAUUUGACUAGACACAUGCGGACACACACCGGAGAAAAACCUUUCAUUUGCUCAAACUGUGGCAAAAGAUUUUCUCAGAGCGGAACGAUGCUGUCACACAUGAGAACGCACCCAGGAGAAAAGUUAUUUAGUUGUUCGGUUUGCAGUAAAAUAUUCUCCAAAAAAUGUAAUAUGCAAAUACACAUGAGAACUCACACAGGAGAAAAACCUUUCAGUUGUUCAGUUUGUGGUAAAAGAUACUCGAAUAAACCUAUAUUGCAUAGACACAUGAGAACGCACACAGGAGAAAAACCUUAUAGUUGUUCAGUGUGUGGUCAAAGAUUCUCUGACACUAAAAAAAUUCAAAGACACAUGAGAACACACACAGGAAAAUAACGUUUCCUUUUUGGAAGUCGUCUUAGAAUGGACUUUGGCAGACUCACUAAUGGUCUACUGCGAGGCUUCUAUAAAAUCUGGACUGUGUUCCGGAUCAUUAGGCAAGGAAAUAAAUUAGUAAAUGGUUUGUAGUGUUAAAUACAGUGUUUUUAAAUGAGUCACAAUAUCCAUUAAAAGGGGAACAGCACCCUUUUAAUUUUCCUAUUUUACCUUGCCCGUUAUUCAUAAACUUUAUGUGACACGAGCACACGUUUUCCUUUUUUUUUGUGCAUCUUAACUUGUAAAUAAAUGCUAGCAAUUGUCAGCUAUACCACCUAUGAAA